AUGUUCACCUACCGCCUGAAACUGAUGAUCCUGCUGGCCCAACUGCUGCUGGGCAUCCAGAGCUAUCCCUUGGGCGAAGACCACUCCUCCAGUGUGGUCCACUCGGCGGGUCUGCUGGGUCACUAUGCUGGCGGUCUGACUGGCGGUGAGGCCCUCUCCAAGCUGGACUUCAGCUCAUCCUCCCACGAAUUCGGCACCACCGGGCACGAGGAUCAUCUGGGCUCCCUGGGCGACCAUCUGGGCGAGGAGAGCUUCCCCGCGGACUAUGGCAGCAGCGAUGCCGGCGAGGAGUACGCCGAGGCCAGCGAGGUGCACUCGCACUACGAGGAUCAGAAGGCCGUUCCCGGCAUCGAUCACGGCAAGGGCGCCUUCAGCUACAGCACCCUCUACGAGUUCAAGGAUCGCGACGAGCACGAGCUCCAUCACAUCCAGCACCAGGCCCUCGAGGAGCAGGUGGAGCACGAGGCGGAGCUCGACCACCAACUGGAGCACCACCCGCUGGAGCAUCUCUACUAA